UAGUAAUCACACUCAUCGUUGUUUCUGAACUCGUUUCCUGUCCUUCAUUCUUAGAGCUCAAAGAGUUCUCUCGGCAAAGUUCGUUUUUCUCCGCGUGUUUGGAAAACACACCGCGCGUCUAUCCCUCUGACGUCCCCGGCGCCAGAUCCCUUCUCCUCUUCCUUCAAUAUCAACAGACCCUCUUCCACCCUCCGUCACCCCUCCUUGUCGUCAACACGCGGCACUUCACAUCCUCCAUCGAUUCACCCUCACAUACUUUAUCCGGGUUCUACGCGAGACCUCCCCUGCGUUCGAAUCACCGCCCAAAUCUCAGCCUCCGCCGUAUCUCCCACUCCAGACAACCGAAAUACGGCCCUUCCGAGCCUGCCCAUCCCUUCCGUUCCCUGAAAUCUGCAUGUCUCGAUUAGUCUGGGGCUGAACAACGUCUUCUUAGCAUUCCCAGUCCGGGAGACCAAACAUUUACCAUUGUUCAGUCUCCUUGCCUUGGACCUGCUGAUGACGGACUUCCAGCUACCACAGGAAGAACCCUACAUGCCAGUAUCCCUCCGCUCUCUCCAAUAUGGCGGGUCCGUACGAAGAGCCGCGACAAGGUAACCCUGGCUCUGCAAGAUAUCCUACAGGUCCACAAUGGUCGCCCAACGACUUGGUUCAGAGCCCUCCUCCAAACGGCACUCACCCUAGCAACCCUUAUUCACACCAGAGCCAAAGCAAUGGAAAUCCCAACGAUACCCAGUACGAUAGUGAUGCAAGAUAUUCUUCAGACAGCAGAACAGGCAGGAAGCGGUCGCAAGGAGGCCCAGGCCAGGGCGAGAGGAGCAGAUCAAGAACCAACGGCAGCAAUGGAAGGUCGUCCAACAGCGGCACGCGCACCUGCAAGAAGUGCGGUGAGUCGUUGACUGGACAAUUUGUGCGCGCCCUGGGAGGCACUUUUCAUCUUGACUGCUUCAAAUGCGCCGACUGCGGUCAGAUCGUUGCUUCAAAAUUCUUCCCUGUCGACGCCGAGGAUGGCUCCGGGCAAUUCCCGCUUUGUGAAACCGACUACUUUCGACGCUUGGAUCUACUAUGCUUUGAUUGUGGUGGUGCCCUGCGAGGCUCAUACAUUACAGCACUUGAUCGAAAAUAUCACAUCGAGCAUUUUACCUGUUCGGUGUGUCCCACAGUGUUCGGUGCCCAGGACAGUUAUUAUGAGCACGAUGGGAAGGUAUAUUGCCACUACCAUUACUCGACCCAAUUCGCUCAGAGAUGCAAUGGUUGUCAAACCGCCAUUCUGAAACAAUUUGUCGAAAUCUUCCGCAACGGCCAGAAUCAACAUUGGCAUCCCGAAUGCUACAUGAUUCAUAAAUUCUGGAAUGUCCGGCUCUCUCAAAGUAGCCAAGUACCAGAACAACUCGACAUUAAUGCCCCCGUCUCUGUUGACCAGAGAGAGGUCAUCAAAGAAGAUGAGGAGAAGAUGGAAGAAAAAGUAUAUCGAAUCUGGAGCACAUUAUCUACCUUUGAAGAGUCUUCAGCCUCGUGCAUCUCUGACAUGCUUCUUCAUGUCAGCAACGGUGUCUAUAUCGAUGGCGUAAUCGUCGCUCGAAAGUUCAUUUGGCAUGUCGACAUUCUCUUCGGCGCCAUCGACACUUUGGCCAGUCUGGUGCUUGAUGCCAACCUCAAAGAGCUUGCGUACGGUCGAGAAGCUAAGCUGCUGUGCAAAAAGGUUGUCGCUUUCUUCACACUUCUGUCUAAGACACAGGAGACCGGUGUAAGAAAGCUUGGGGUCACACAAGAAUUGUUGUCUUUAGUGACUGGCCUUGCUCACUACCUCAAGCUUCUCAUACGGAUCGGCCUCCAAGGCGCACUCAAGCUAGAACGGGAACGGGGAUCUUCAGAAGGUCUGCACGCUUUUCUCGACGAACUAGCAGACCUCGAAACCAUUAAGGAGCAAGAAAUGAAAUCUCUCGAUCUCUCAGACAGCGUUGCAGGACUGGCGAAUCAGGAGUCAGAUUGUUGCGCGCAAUGUUAUGAACCGAUUGAUGAUGCAUGCGUGAUGUUCUAUGGACGCAGAUGGCACGCGAAGCCUUCACAUCUUGCAUGCAACGCAUGUCAACGUGACCUGAUCCCAGAGCUACCCAAUGCAUUGUACAGCGAGCGCGAAGAAAAGGCCUACUGUAUGGAACAUGGACGUCGUUCUCAGGACGCCGCCACUGGGUUCUCACCCGUCACCAAAUUACAGCAAUAUGUCUUUUUGUUGCGGGUCGCCCUGGCACGUCUUCUCGAGGUUCUCAAAUCUGGUGGCACACUGCCGCAUACUUCUGAUGACCCAAACCUAACUCCUUAUAACACAACAGAGGGACAUAGAGUAUCCCCAGCUGGUGAUCAGAUGUCACCACAUCAUGUGAUGGGCUCAAGGUCACGUUCGUAUGCUGGUACGUCGAGCCAACAAGAAUCCUCUCUCGAACAGACUGUGGGAGAGAUGAAACGGCUCAGAUCGACGCGCAAUGAGCGCACCUUAUCAACCACAUUCAAGAAAGCUCGCGAAUCUACUGUGCUCUAUGGUUCCGGGGGCACACGUCCAGCUUCCUCGGAAGGCCAAGACAACAGAAAUCGCGGCGGAUUCCAGAUUGUGGAGGAGCGAGAUCUUGACGGACGAGUGAGGCCUGAACUCACUUUUGGCAACCAAGACGGUCUGACUCUCGAUGACAUCCCUCGAAUUGUAGCAGCCGAGCAAGCAAAGGAGCAAAGACCAAAUGCUUUCCGUCAUGCCGGCACCAACCUUAUCGGCCAUCGUGGCAACGAGCCAAGAUUAAUCAACGGGCAUUCGCGGGUCACCUCUGGGGGCAACGACUUUUUGGCCGGUGAGCCUAGUCCCUUGCGCACGAAGCGAUUCUUUUCCGAGCUGUCAGCCUUGGAAUACUUCAUCGUCCGUCAUGUCGCUGUACUCUCAAUGCAACCACUGUUAGAAGGUGAGUAUACCUUGGAAGACUUACUGGGCUUGAUUGAGACAAGAAAGCCCACUUUCUGGGGUAAAGUCAGUCGGGCGCUUCGAAACGACGGCAAAUCGAAAAAGAAGGGGAUCUUUGGGAUUCCACUUGAGACACUAGUCGAACGUGAGGGUGCUGAAUCUACAAAUGGCGUCGGACCAGGAGCACUCAGAGUACCCGCGAUCGUGGACGACUGUAUCUCGGCAAUGAAACAGAUGGAUAUGUCUGUGGAAGGAGUCUUUCGCAAGAACGGCAACAUCAAGCGGCUCAGAGAAUGUGCAGAGGCAAUCGACUCGAAUCAGUCUCCGGAUCUGAGUCGUGAUAACCCUGUCCAGGUGGCGGCAUUGCUGAAAAAGUUCCUGAGAGAGAUGCCCGAGCCUCUCCUGACUUUCAAAUUACAAAAAUUAUUCAUUGCUUCACAGAGAAUCGCCAAUGAUGAGCGCCGCAGAAGAGUUCUCCAUUUGACAUGUUGUCUCAUGCCAAAGAGUCAUCGAGAUACGAUGGAAGUUUUAUUCGCGUUCCUCAAAUGGGCGUCCUCGUUUUCCCAGGUGGAUGAGGAGUCUGGAAGUAAGAUGGACAUUCACAAUCUCGCUACAGUCAUGGCUCCCAACAUUCUUUACGCCAAAGAAAAAGCACCAAAUGCAAAACAGCCCCUCCCGCAGGUGGAUGAAAGCUUCCUUGCGAUCGAAGCAGUAGAUCUGUUGAUUGAAUUCAAUGACUAUUUCUGCCAGGUACCCGAAGACUUGCAAUCAAUCUUGACUGAUACAGGGUUACACAACGGCCCCGCCGAGCUUACAACGAAAGAGAUCCUCUCUAGAUAUGGGCAUAUUGCUAAAGGCCAGAUACAGAAGCAGCCUGUCCAAGGAGCGGAUGCCCCCGUUCACAGUCCGUCCUCGGCGACCAAUUCAAUCGGGGGCCCCGUUGCUACCAGGGUUGAUAUGGAUCCAUAUCAAGCCAAUGCAUGGCAGAAGCAAAGUUCCGUCAGACCUGUCCACCCUCAGAAUUUGGCUGGGCCUCAAACGGAGUUCAAUUUCAGCGCACCAAAUAGCCCUUACGCCAGAAACCGGGCCGGGAGCUCGGGCAGUGCUGGAAGCCAAAGCGGGACACCUGGCGGACGACAGAGUUAUCAACACAAACCCGGUCAAAUGGGCAUUGCCAGUUAAUAUGUCAUGACCUCUGACCGAGACGCGAGGCUCAUCUCAAGCACCACAGUGGGCGUUUAAUAGCAUCGCAAUCCCCCGGAUUAGGGCUACACCCCGGCAAGGUGUACGACGCACUGCACAUGUCUCUGGAUAGCCGAAAAAUCAUCUCUUGCGAGGGCUUUCACAACCCAUACGAUAUGAGCUUAUGACCAUCCCAAAAAACUUUACUUUUCUCAUUUGUCUCAUGCUGGACAUUUCUCGAGGCCUUCAAAUGCCUCUUUUCCCUUCUUCGACGAUCUUUGUCAGCCGAUCGUGGCCGGACUCACCAUGCUUGUGGACCACCCGAGGAUUUCGCCACGUUUGUCAUGGCUCGUGCUUUGACCAUCUAGGUCGCAACACAUGCGCAGAGGCAUUGACACCACUCAGGGGCCAAUCACUUAGUUCCCGGCAUGAAUUUCUUCUUCUAAAUCAGCAUUAACCAAGCCAUCAUCGUCUUGUCUUGGGCGGUUUACUACAGUAACGCGAAAGCUCUACCACGGUCACACGGUCACUUUUGUGGCAUGGCUGCUGCCGAUCUUGAGAUCGAUCCUCCAACGGCUGCUAUCUGCUGGGCGAAAUGUUGGAUAUAAGACCAUGUUGUGCACAGAUUGCAUGGAACUCGAGCAAAAAAAUAGCGGUGAAGGAGAGAGAAAGGGGGAGAGAAUUCGAUGACGAUCACGGAUGGAUGCAAAGUGACAUGAGAAUUGGGUGAGAGGAUGGAAAACAUUCAGCCUGUGCGUGUAUAUGAGCAGUGGUGGACGAGUUGGCUUCGUACCCCUACCUCUCGAGCAAUGCUGCCACAUUUCUCUCUUCAAGUUCUUUCCAAUCCUCAGAUAUGCCGAGAUUGAGAUUGACACGGUCAAGGUCGUCAGGACGGCAUUCGCAGUUGUAGGAACGGCAUGACCGAUUUGCACUCGAUGCCCGUGGGGUGACCAUGUUGAUGGCAGGGCUGCGUCUCACCGAUCGAGCCUAUGAGGAGAGGAUGACACUUUUUGUGUCGGGAUUGUGCUGUACUGUAGAAAGUGCAAAAGGGGCCAACUUGGUAGUCGCAAAGGCAGUUCAGUCAGUGAUGGCCGAAUCAUAAGUGAUUGAUCGCAUUCCAGUAAGAAUUUAUCAAGGUGUAUGGAGGUAGACGAGUCAGCCUGACAUUUUGAUGCGCCGACAAUGCAACUACCUGUUUGAAC